CCAGUGGCCGUUAAUCCGGGGAUUGGGAGCGCCCCCCGGGCGACCUGGGGUGUGAUUGGAGCCGGGGCCGGCGGCGGGACGAUAAAAAGGGCGGUGGACCGCGGUGCCCGCUGCGGGCCGGGCGAGGCGGCGGCGGCGAUGCCGGGCCGGGCGGAGCCGUCGGGGGGACGCACGGCGGCGGGGCCGGUGGCGGUGCCAGUACCGGUGGCACCCGGGGCGACGGUGCGGCCGGGGGGCGCGGGGCUGCGGGCCAAGGGCUUCGCCAUCACCGACCUGCUGGGGCUGGAGGCCGAGCUGCAGCCGCCCCCUGGCCCCCCCGCCGCUGCCGCCGGCGGCUACGAGGGCGGCGGGGCGCUGGGACUGGGGCUGCUGUGCGGCCUUGGGGGGCCGGGCGCCCCGUGCCUGCUGCCCUCCCCGCUGCCGCUCUUGCCGGCCCGCGGCCCCCGCCCGCCCCCCGGGCCACUGCCCGCUGCCCGUCGCCACAAGGAAAACAUCUCCGAUAAGGACAGCCUGUCUGGGGACGCCAGCGACCUGAAGAUGUCCACCUCCCAGACCAAGAGGAAGAAACGCCGGCACAGGACGGUGUUCACAGCUCACCAGCUGGAGGAGCUGGAGAAGGCUUUCAACGAAGCUCACUACCCUGACGUCUAUGCCCGGGAGAUGCUGGCCAUGAAGACAGAGCUGCCAGAGGACAGAAUACAGGUUUGGUUUCAGAACCGAAGAGCCAAGUGGCGGAAGCGGGAGAAGUGCUGGGGCCGGAGCAGUGUGAUGGCUGAAUAUGGACUCUAUGGGGCCAUGGUGAGGCAUUCCAUCCCUCUGCCUGAGUCCAUCAUCAACUCUGCCAAGAGCGGGCUAGUGGGAUCCUGUGCCCCAUGGCUGCUGGGCAUGCACAAAAAGUCCAUGGAGGUGAGCAGGAAGGCAGAAAGCCAAGAGAAGCUGGCAGAUGGCUGGCAAGCGGAGCAGGAGGAGGAGAAGGAGGAGCUCACUGGGAAGCAGGCCAGUUCCCAGAGGGGCUCCGACACGCUUGGCCCUGCAAAAGAUUCAGAGGACACAGCCAUUGACCUCUCCAGGACAGCCAAGCACGAGAAGAGGGGCAUACUAAGGCAGUGUGUCAACGGAGACCCACCCAUGGAGCAGAAGGACAGGGACCACUGAGUUUGAGCUGUCUCAGAGAAGGACAGACAUCACAGCUUCCUGCAAGCUAAUAAUAUUUAUUGGUACAUAUAUAUUUUUUCUUAAAUAAUCGAACUUUUAUCUUAAUUCGGGGCAUUGUAAAACAGAGCACACACAUCUUCGUCCCCUCACUUUCAAGCUGUUCAUUUCUCAGCAGAGCCAGGGUGGAGGGUGGGAGAGGUGUCUCAGCAGGCUCAAGAGCAGCGAGAACAUGAACCAGCAUUGUGGUCAUCACAUACAGCUGCUGGGGAAGAGCCACCCUUCCCCUCAGGGCUGCAAAUGCUUUCCUGAGUAGGCAGGAGCACAAAGCACAGCAAUGCAAGAGGAGUCACUCCCUUCUCAAACAUGUGGGUGCAAAGACAGUGCAGGAGUUUACAGACGCCUUCUCCGAGCACUUCUACCCCUGCACAGCGCCCAUGGGACAAGGCCCUCUGCUUUGAACACACAGUUCUUCCACCCCAAGGAGCAGCAGAGUUUUUAAAGACGGUGGGGUUCAUCCUCAAGCUGGUGUAACCUGACAGAUGCACCAGUUUAUACCUCCUGAGGAUCUGGUCCUGCCAAUGCAGCCUUAUUUACACUGUGUGGCUUCCUUAACUUGUAUUGGGCAGAAUGGGGUAAAGACAUUUUUGUUCAUGCAAAGAUUUUGUACGCUCUUGAAUGUUAUCUGCCACACUAUGCAUAACAGAACAGACCUUUUGGAAAACAAAGCCAUAGUACCCUGGAGCAAUGAAACAAUUUUGUGAAUUGAGAUAAGAAAAUGUUUUGUAAUUGUCUAUAAAAAGUGUUAAUGUCAGAGCUAUUUCUUGGUCAUCCUAUACUUAUGUCUAAAAGCACUUUAGUGAUCUGGAUUUCUGAAUGUGGCUCUUCCUGUUUUGUCCACCAUUUAUUUAUUACACAUCCAUAAAUAAAAUUGUGGUGUAUCUUUGGUUUUCA